GCAAUUUCGAUAUUUCGAACAAAUGGAGUCUGAGUGCGGCCGGGCCGGCAGGCUUCGGCGCACAGCAGCACGGCUCAAAACCAAGAAAGAAAAAUGUCAGCUUCUUCUCUCCUUCUCCGAUCUAGGGUUUUCGCUCGUGCCGUCUCUCUCGCCCUUAGACCCUCCAAGAAAUCUAUCCAAUCCGAGGUUUCUCCGCUGGUUCCAAGCUCUAGCUCGCUUGUUUCGUCUCCCGAAAGGCGAAUCUCCAUUGUCUUCAGAUUACGAAAGGAUUCGAGUUGUUUGGUCUCAAUGCUGCCGCUGCACAGCGCGAUUGCUUCUGCUCGCCUGAGAUCGGUUCUCUCGCCGGUGUCCCACCGCUGGGGAUGGGUUCCUCAAGGCAUCUCGAUGCCUUUAUGACAACACCAUUUUGGUGGUUGCUUGGCUUUCUGGGGACUCGUUGAACAAAAUACGGACCUGGACAUGUUGUUUCUCCAUUUAUUUUUGUUCUGAGAUUGACAACUGAAAACUGAUAAGGCUUUCUGGGUAACCUACAGAAGCAUUUUUGUUUUCGGAUAGCUUGAAUGCAAUCCCUGGGCCUUGCUCCUCUUUGACAGUUUCUUUUAAUAGUCAAAUGGACACUGAUGUAUUCUUGCACCCAGAAGAUGGGAGAAAUUUUAAGGUUCCAUGCAAAUUUGAUUAUGAAAUAUCGUAGACCUGUUUGCUUUA